AUGGCGGCGCUGGGGGCGCUGGUGAAGAAGGCGUGGAGCGUGCGGAGGUUCGUGGUGCUGCUGUGCGCGCCGCUGGCGCUGGUGCCCAUCCUGCUCAGCCUCCCCCCCAAGGAAGGAAGAUGUCUCUAUGUGAUCCUGCUGAUGGCCCUGUACUGGUGCACCGAGGCUCUGCCCUUGGCUGUGACAGCUCUGCUGCCCAUCGUCCUCUUUCCCUUCCUGGGGAUCCUCCCAUCUAACAAAGUUUGCCCACAGUACUUUUUAGACACCAAUUUCCUGUUCCUCAGUGGUUUAAUCAUGGCCUCGGCCAUAGAGGAGUGGAAUUUACACCGCAGGAUUGCUCUCCGGGUGCUCAUGUUGGUGGGAGUCCAGCCAGCCAGACUGAUCUUAGGGAUGAUGUUGACAACGUCUUUCCUGUCCAUGUGGCUAAGUAAUACUGCCUCCACUGCUAUGAUGCUUCCAAUUGCAAAUGCAAUUUUAAAAAGCCUCUUUGGGGAGAAAGACACAUCUAAGGAUAUGAACAGGGAAAAUGAAGAAAACCAAGCAUCUUUACAGCAGAAUAAACUUUACACUGUACCAACUGAGAUGCAGUUUCUGGCAAGUACUGAGGACAAAGAUCUGGCGGAGGAGAAGGAGCUUUCCAGUGAUGCUCUCUCAGACUUAAAGAAGGAGGAGGAAUACAAAACCAACAUAUGGAAAGGUUUCCUCAUCUCAAUCCCAUAUGCAGCCAGCAUCGGAGGUACAGCAACGCUGACAGGAACUGCACCAAACCUCAUCCUUCUGGGACAGCUGAAGAGUUAUUUUCCAGAAUGUGAUGUGGUGAACUUUGGUUCUUGGUUUAUGUUUGCAUUUCCUUUAAUGCUGAUUUUUCUUCUCAUGGGAUGGCUAUGGAUCUCCAUCCUGUAUGGAGGAAUUAACCUGAGGGGCUGGAAAACAAAAAAGUCAAAUAUAAGAGUGGAUGCAGAAGCCCGAGCCAAGGAGGUGAUAAAGGAGGACUAUCAGAAACUGGGUCCAACAAAGUUUGCAGAACAGGCAAUUUUCUUCUUUUUCUGCAUGUUUGCAAUCAUGCUGUUCUCCAGGGAUCCCAAAUUCAUUCCAGGCUGGGCAAGCUUGUUUGCACCAGGGUUUAUCUCAGAUGCAGUUACAGGAAUCACCAUUGUGAUUAUACUGUUCUUCUUCCCUUCACAAAAACCUUCCUUCAGGUGGUGGUUUGACUUGAAAGCACCAAACACAGAGACCCAGCCCUUGCUGACUUGGAGGAAGGCCCAGGAGACCGUGCCCUGGAACAUCAUCCUGCUGCUUGGAGGAGGCUUUGCCAUGGCCAAGGGCUGUGAGGAGUCUGGCUUGUCUGUGUGGAUAGGAGGCCGUCUGCAUCCCUUGGAGGGUGUGCCACCUCCCGUGGCUGUCAUCCUCAUCACGGUUGUCAUUGCCUUGUUCACAGAGUUUGCCAGCAACACUGCCACUAUUAUCAUCUUUCUGCCUGUCUUGGCAGAGCUGGCCAUUCGUCUGAAAGUGAAUCCCCUCUAUUUAAUGAUACCAGGAACUAUAGGAUGCUCCUAUGCAUUCAUGUUGCCAGUCUCAACACCUCCCAACUCAAUUGCAUUUUCCUCUGGACAUUUGAUGGUCAAGGAUAUGGCAAGAACUGGGUUGCUCAUGAAUCUAAUGGGAGUUCUGCUUCUUAGCUUGGCUAUGAACACAUGGGCCAAGAGCAUCUUCCAGCUGGGGACCUUCCCUGCAUGGGCCAACAUCCAUGCAGAAAAUGCCACCUCACUUGUGACAGCUGUAGAAAAUGUCACUUUAAGUGCACUAAAUAAAAUAUGAACAAAGC